GUCGGAACAGUUGACGAAAUUCGACCAUUUAAUAGCGAUGUGGAUACUACAAAGUUCAUCGGAAGAACUUGGAGAAAGUGCAUUUAAGAAGGUAGGCGAGACAGUAUCUCGUGAAGAGUUGCCGUGCCCGAAAGACUCGGAAGAAGGGGCCGAGAAAAUCUGGAAAUAUCUGUUGAGCGAAGGAGUCAUCAAAGAACCUAAAGUUGCCUUUAAGCCGGGACUGAACGCCAACAAGGAGGACAUCGAAAUCCGGAGGAAAGAAAUCACGAAAGUGGUUGAAUCAUUGGCCGGCGUUAAAGAAAUUUGCUGGAAGCACCGACCGCCACCGAAACCGGUGACCGAGCAUUCCGUUUACUACGAUGUCCCAAGUUAUUGGGCGGACAGCGCGUGGAAUACCGUUGGAAAUGCGUUCAACUACGUCAAUCCCUUCGGUGGCAAGAAAUCGGACGAUGCGAGCCAGGCUACCAAUGUUGACGAAUGGCUAACCGAGAAACAAAACAAACAACACCUGGAAGCCUACAAGAGGGACGUCGUUUCGGCUUUGUUCAGCAGCAUAGGCCAGUUAAAGACCAUUCCGAUGGUGAACACUACGCUCAAGCCGCUUUCCGACUAUUUCGUGUCGGACACGUCGAGGACGUAUCCAGCGGAGGAAAUGCAAAGUUUAGCCGGCAAAUCCUUUACAGGAGUCAUCAAGUUAGAGGCGCACAAAACUUGGUGGGACUACUGGGACAGGCGAGCUUUCUACGUAGCCAUGGCAGGCGUCGCCCAAAUCGCGUUAGGGGUGGCCUUAGCCACAAUGUCGGGCGGACUACUCGCAGUUGUCAGUAAAACUCUCAUCGCUGAAGGAGUGAGUGACAUUGGCUACGCAAUCCAGGCUGGGCUGACGGGUACUUUCUCCUGGGGAGGUUACUUGUCACACAAAAAAUGGAGCCUGGCCAUGUCUGUCGCCACAGCCGGGCUGGGUGCGUAUUUGACAAAAGGAGCGGCAGCUGGCCGUCUGGCUGCAAUGGGAUUCCAGGGCAAAGUGGGUUUGGCCCUCUGCUGGGCAGCAACCAAGAGAGCGCUGGCCAAGUGUGGUCAAGCUGUGCUGUCUACGAUGACUAGCAUGGGCGUCGAGAGGCUGUUGUCUUGGCUAAAAAAAUUCGUCAUCGAAAACGUUUUGACGCACGUGAAAUUCCUCAUCAGCAAGGCUCUGUGGUUUAUUUUCAACUCCCUAAGCAAUGCCCUCGAUCGGAUCUGUGGCGCUGCUGCAAAGAUGGGACGAAGCGUGGAUGAUGUGAAACAAGUGAUCGACGGCUACUUGGACAAAGCGAAAUCGUCAGAUCUUUACACGCUAUGGGGACGUCGCAUGGCUGGGCAGGCGACUUCGGUCGGAGGCGCCAUAGGACGUUGUUUCUCCGAGUCGCAAGACGUCUUGAAAGCGGAAGGCAAGAUUGAACUAUUUGAAGGGGAGAAAGCCGAGGGACUUGACGUCUUUAAAAAAUCAUUUAAAUUUGUGGGCUACACCGAAAAGGCGAUAAAGAUUGUCAAUUGGAUCAAGAACGGCACGGAGAUCUUGGGUCUCAUCACGUUCGCACCAGAAUACGUCAAGAACGUGGAGAGCUCCCUGUCUGAGGAAGCGAGAAAACUAGAAGCUGAAGAACAGGAGAAGGAAGCGACGCAACAAGCUCACCAAAACCAAGAGUCGAUCAACGAAGAAGAGAAAGAAGAAGACCAGCUAAAUGCCGAUGAAUCGGCCGAAACGACUCAUGCGACGUACAGUGUAGCGUCGACAACCACAGCCGAAUCCGAGACGAAAGUGUUCAACGAAUACAAACAGAAGGUGAAAGAAAGAAUAGAAGGCGACGUUGUCACCUACAUGGUGGAUAGUGUGACCAAGACAUGGGUGCAACCCUGGCUGCAGAGCAAAAUCGAGGGCCUCAUCGUAUCCGCAGGUCAGAAUGUGUUGGAGCGCAUUGGCAGUAUGUGGAAGGGAUCGCAAGGUGAUUCGAAAAUGGCCGACAAUCAAGCCGAAGAAAACGAGGCAUUGAACGACGAAGAGGCGAAAAAAGCUGAAAGUGAAAAGAAAGCCGCCGCUGCCAAGAAGGAACUUGAAGACUCGCUCGGGGAAGGAAACAGCCAGAAAGAGACGGAUGAAAAUGGAAACACUGUCGUUCAACCAAAGGAAUACAAAGAUGUUGUCACCAGUAUGGGUCAAGGCCAAGCCGCUGGUCUUCUGCAGAUGCAGAUGGUAGCGAAUGCAACUAAUUGCACGCUCGUAAUAAUUGACAAAACGGAAGAGAAGGAUUUCAAAAGCGACGACGGCCAAUUCAGCAUAACUCCGGAUGGAAAAUCUGAGAAAACCAUUCAACUCGUAUACACGAAGAACGAAGAUGGCACGAAGCAUGUUUCUCUCAUUGGUCCCGAUGGUAAAGAAAUGCAACUUCCGCCUUCUAUGAUGAAUGCGAACGGGACGCCAGUCCCCCGAACCGUUGUCUUUACGAGGCUGUCGCUGGUGCUCUGGGUAAGAAUGUGGACGAUCUCCUAUCGCAGGUGAAGGAGAAUGCACUCAACGAUAAAAUGUCGCAAUACCUGUACGAUCAGAAAGUAAACGAGGCCUUACCGCACAUGCGAGUUGGUCGGAAAUGCGAAGGUGAACGUGCUGAUCUGUUCCUCCUUGUAGACGAAAAUGGGAACGCUCGUCAUGUUUUAACUAGUAUAACAAAGAAAAAUCUGAAAGGCGGCAGUGAAGUUACUGACGCUGCGAGAAAAGAACUAAAAAGCGAUGAGGAAAGAGAGGAAGAUGACCAAUGUGGCCAUUUGAUAGCGUUUUUUCUCGGCGGUGGAGGUGGUAAAAAAAUGCACAAUGUGGUUAACAUGAACAGUUCGCUCAAUCAAGGCGCGUACAAAAAAUUAGAAAUGGAGUUGGCAAAAUUCUUGGAGGAAAAUGAGAACGCAAGAGUUGACGUAGAUAUCUCACUGAAUGAGGGGAUUACGAACGGUAACCUUAAGAGUCCGUUAAAUCUCCGGUUUUCCUGGCGUAUGUCCGUAAACGAUGAUGUCGUAUCUCACAGCAGUGUAUUCUUCGUGAACAAGGCCGAUUCCAAGACACACAAUGAAGUGGCAUAUAAAGAGAAGCCGCAGUACCAGGAUACACCUAUUCAUCGCGUCAAUAAUCCUGAAGGGGGAAAACCUCCCACAGCGGAAAUUGUUCAUUUUGACGGACGGCAAGAGUCCAUCCGUCCUGGCUUAACGCUGGCUCGCCCUGGCGACUACAAACCCGCGAUUCAAGAAAACGAACAACACAGAAGAAAUCAGAUUCUUGAAGUGAAUGAAGAGGAAGAUGUGCCAGUGAGGAGACAAGCGCAGAACUGAAAGUGCAAGAACACACCGCAGUACAAAUCCCAGUGAAGAAGACAAACCAAAGCAAAACAGCAGAAGUGAAAGACCCAGUGAAGACAAGAUUUUCAAACCGAAAGUGCAAUAACAGGUACAGUUUAAAAAAUGUCGGCUUGUAUUCAAGUUUGUGAGGGAUAAAACGGAAUAAGAAAACAAAAGCAAAAAACAAAUAUGUGAAAUGCAUAUCUAAGUUGAUAUCGAUAUUGCCUUGCUAAGAAAAGUAACAUGGCAUACAUUUCAUUUUCAUUAUUUGGGCAGUAGAAUAUGUUAUUUGGGGGGAUGAAAUAAUCAUUCAUUUACAAAUGCUUAAUAAAAUUCAUUUUAUCAGUUGAACAUUUAAUAAUAGACAUGCAAUCAAAGCUACUUUGGGGAAACUUAAUCCUAGAAAUGUUCCCUUGUAUGCUCCCUUAUUAGUUAACAGAUGUUUAAGCACACAUUAAAAAAGCUUCAGCAUAGUGCAUUUACUUACAUAAUAGCCAAAUGAAUACUUCUGUUUUUUUGUUUUGUAUACCAAAUAAAGAUAAAAUCAUGAAA